CUUUGCUUUCAUCACUACUUGAAAGUUGAUAGGCCAUCAAAUCGAACGAUGUCCCAGGUCCUUCUCGGGCUGUUCUCUCUCCCGAUAUUGGGAGGCCUGUUUCUACUGUUGAGGGCGAUCAGACAUUGGGUUAGGCAGGCGCAUUUGAGGGCUGUUGUUCCGGGGCCGGCGCGGACGUCGCUCGUCGCUGGCAAUCUCAAACAACUGUUCAAUCUGGACGCGUGGGGAUUCCUACGGGAGAUCGCGACGUAUGGAAAGGUCGUGAGGAUAUUGGGUUUGUUCGGCGACACGCAAUUGUACGUGAGCGAUCCGAAAGCCUUGCACCAUAUCCUCGUCAAGGAUCGAUACAUCUAUGACGAGACGGACAUGUUCAUCACUUCGAAUAGCCUCGUGUUUGGCAUGGGCCUGCUUUCGACCCGGGGUGAACAUCAUCGCAAACAGCGUAAACUCCUGAAUCCGGUGUUUUCGAUUAAACAUAUGCGAUAUAUGUUGCCCAUCUUUCAUGGGAUCUCACACCAGCUCUGCGACGUCUUCCAGAAGAAGAUCGCAAGUGGCACUCAAGAGAUCGACGUUCUGGACUGGAUGACCCGUGUUGCGUUGGAACUCGUCGGACAAGGAGGAUUAGGUUAUUCGUUCGAGUCUCUCGAUGAGAAUUCAUCGAAUUUGUAUGGAAACGCGAUGAAGGAUUUCGUACCCACCGUCGCCUCCAUCCAGCUCAUCCGCCAACUUCUCCCCUGGUUCUCCAACAUCGGCACCCCCACCUUCCGGCGCUACAUCGCGCAGAACCUGCCAUUCAAGCGUCUGAACCGCCUCGUCGAGUUAUCGGAUAUCAUGGACGAGACGUCGAAUGCGAUAUUGAGCGCGAAGAGGAAGGCGUUGGAGAAGGGAGAUGACGCGGUCGUGCAUCAGGUAGGAGAGGGACGGGAUAUUAUGAGUAUUCUUAUGAAAGCGAAUAUGGAGGCUUCUGAAGAGGAUCGCUUGCCCGAUUCGGAGCUCACAGCUCAGAUGUCCACCCUCAUCUUCGCGGCAAUGGACACGACUUCCAACGCCCUCUCGCGCAUCAUCCAUACUCUGUCCGAGAACCAGGACGCACAGGACAAGUUGCGCGCAGAGCUCAUCAAGGCGCGGAAGGAGGCCGAUGGUGAUUUGGAUUAUGAUACUCUGCAUGAGCUGCCGUACAUGGAGGCGGUCUGUCGGGAGACUCUUCGUCUAUAUCCUCCCGUGCUUCACAUGUUCAGGACAACCCGAAAGGACGUCGUGCUCCCACUCGGAACUCCCAUCGCCACCAAAGACAGCCUCCUCUCCGAGCUCUUCAUCCCCGAAAACACGAACGUCAUCGUCGGGAUCAAAGCCGUCAACUGCGACGAGACGAUCUGGGGCCCGGACGCGAACGAGUGGAAGCCUGAGAGGUGGCUUGGGCCUCUUCCGGAGAGCGUGACCAGCGCUGGGAUCCCGGGGGUUUAUUCGAAUACGUUGACGUUUUUGGGUGGAGGACGGGCGUGCAUCGGGUUCAAGUUCUCACAAUUGGAGAUGAAAGUCGUCCUCGCCCUCCUGAUCUCGACAUUCCGCUUCUCUCCCGGGAAGACGAAGUAUUCAUUCAAGUCGAGCAAUAUCGUCACGCCCAUGGUGAAUGGGAAGCCCGGCAUGCCUCUUCACAUUGAGCUGGCGUGAAUUGAGUUUGAGGAGUUAGGGAGGGAUUGAGGAGGCAAUGAGUAAUGUUGGUACGGAUGAGUUGAACGAUAAAUCCGGAUGUCUACUCGCCUUGUAUAUAAUAUACGUAUGCUUUGCUUCGAUAAAGAACGUGGGCAUUUUGUGA